CCCAGUCAUGAACCCCCCGGAGGGGGCAGCGGAGGAAGGAGGAGCAGCGGACUCGGACGUGGACGCCUUUUUCCGAACAGGGUCUUUUCGGAAUGAUGGUUUGAAAGCUUCUGAUGUCCUUCCCAUCCUAAAGGAAAAAGUGGCCUUCGUGUCUGGGGGCCGUGAUAAGCGAGGGGGACCCAUCCUGACCUUCCCUGCUCGCAGCAAUCAUGACAGAAUAAGACAGGAAGACCUGCGGAAACUCGUGACGUAUUUGGCCAGUGUGCCAAGUGAGGACGUGUGCAAACGUGGCUUCACCGUCAUCAUCGACAUGCGGGGCUCCAAGUGGGACCUCAUCAAGCCCCUGCUCAAAACGCUGCAGGAAGCCUUUCCCGCCGAGAUCCAUGUGGCCCUCAUCAUCAAACCCGACAACUUCUGGCAGAAGCAGAAGACUAACUUCGGCAGCUCCAAAUUCAUCUUUGAGACGAGCAUGGUGUCCGUGGAGGGCCUCACCAAGCUGGUGGACCCUUCCCAGUUGACAGAGGAGUUUGAUGGUUCCCUGGACUACAACCAUGAGGAGUGGAUUGAGCUGCGGCUCUCCCUGGAGGAGUUCUUCAACAGUGCUGUGCACCUGCUCUCGCGCCUUGAGGACCUGCAGGAGAUGCUGGCCCGGAAGGAGUUCCCCGUGGAUGUGGAGGGCUCUCGGCGGCUCAUCGACGAGCACACACAGCUCAAGAAGAAGGUGCUCAAGGCCCCUGUGGAGGAGCUGGACCGGGAGGGGCAGAGGCUACUGCAGUGCAUUCGCUGCAGUGAUGGCUUCUCAGGGCGCAACUGCAUCCCAGGCAGCGCUGACUUCCAGAGCCUGGUGCCCAAGAUCACCAGCCUCCUGGACAAGCUGCACUCCACCCGGCAGCACCUGCACCAGAUGUGGCAUGUGCGCAAGCUCAAGCUGGACCAGUGCUUCCAGCUGCGGCUCUUCGAGCAGGAUGCUGAGAAGAUGUUCGAUUGGAUAAGCCACAAUAAGGAGUUAUUUCUGCAGAGCCACACGGAGAUCGGUGUCAGCUACCAGCAUGCCAUAGACCUCCAGACACAGCACAAUCACUUUGCCAUGAACUCCAUGAAUGCCUAUGUCAACAUCAACCGUAUAAUGUCGGUGGCUUCCCGUCUCUCCGAAGCUGGCCAUUACGCCUCUCAGCAAAUCAAGCAGAUCUCCACACAGCUGGACCAGGAGUGGAAGAGCUUUGCUGCUGCCCUGGACGAACGAAGCACCAUCCUUGCCAUGUCCGCAGUGUUCCACCAGAAAGCCGAGCAGUUCCUGUCGGGAGUGGACGCCUGGUGCAAGAUGUGCAGUGAAGGUGGCCUGCCGUCCGAGAUGCAGGACCUGGAGCUGGCGAUCCACCACCACCAGUCCCUGUAUGAACAAGUGACCCAGGCCUACACAGAGGUUAGCCAGGAUGGCAAGGCACUGCUGGAUGUGCUGCAGCGUCCCCUGAGUCCUGGCAACUCUGAGUCCCUCACAGCCACAGCCAACUACUCCAAGGCAGUGCACCAGGUCCUGGAUGUGGUCCAUGAGGUGCUGCACCACCAGCGGCGGCUUGAGAGCAUCUGGCAGCACCGCAAGGUGCGGCUCCACCAGCGGCUGCAGCUCUGCGUCUUCCAGCAGGAUGUCCAGCAGGUGCUGGACUGGAUUGAAAACCAUGGCGAGGCCUUUCUGAGCAAACACACUGGGGUUGGGAAGUCCCUGCAUCGAGCCCGAGCCCUGCAGAAGAGGCAUGAUGACUUUGAAGAGGUGGCUCAGAAUACCUACACCAACGCGGACAAGCUCCUAGAAGCAGCGGAGCAGCUGGCUCAGACGGGGGAAUGUGACCCGGAGGAGAUCUACAAGGCAGCUCGACACCUGGAGGUGCGCAUCCAAGACUUUGUACGCCGGGUGGAGCAGCGCAAGGUGCUUCUGGACAUGUCCGUCUCCUUCCACACGCACACCAAGGAGUUGUGGACAUGGAUGGAAGACCUGCAGAAGGAGAUGCUGGAGGAUGUUUGUGCAGACUCUGUGGAUGCGGUCCAGGAACUGAUCAAGCAGUUCCAGCAGCAGCAAACCGCCACCCUGGAUGCCACACUCAAUGUCAUCAAGGAAGGCGAAGACCUUAUCCAGCAGCUCAGGUCAGCGCCUCCCUCCCUGGGGGAGCCCAGCGAGGCCAGGGACUCUGCUGUGUCCAACAACAAGACGCCCCACAGUAGCUCUAUCAGCCACAUCGAGUCGGUCCUACAGCAGUUGGACGAUGCCCAGGUGCAGAUGGAGGAGCUGUUCCACGAGCGAAAGAUCAAACUAGACAUCUUCCUGCAGCUGCGCAUCUUUGAGCAGUACACCAUUGAGGUGACUGCAGAGCUAGAUGCCUGGAAUGAGGACCUGCUCCGGCAGAUGAAUGACUUCAACACGGAGGAUCUGACCCUGGCAGAACAGCGGCUACAGCGGCACACAGAGCGGAAACUGGCCAUGAACAACAUGACCUUUGAGGUCAUCCAGCAGGGCCAGGAUCUACACCAGUACAUCAUGGAGGUCCAGGCAUCAGGAAUUGAGUUAAUCUGUGAAAAAGACAUUGAUCUGGCAGCCCAGGUGCAAGAACUACUGGAGUUUCUCCAUGAGAAGCAACAUGAAUUGGAGCUCAACGCCGAGCAGACCCAUAAGCGGCUAGAACAGUGCCUCCAACUACGGCACCUCCAGGCCGAGGUCAAACAGGUCCUGGGAUGGAUCCGCAAUGGAGAGUCCAUGCUCAACGCCAGCCUGGUCAAUGCCAGCUCUUUGUCUGAAGCAGAGCAGCUGCAGCGAGAGCACGAGCAGUUCCAACUGGCCAUUGAGUCCCUCUUUCAUGCCACUUCCUUGCAGAAGACACACCAGAGCGCCCUGCAGGUACAGCAGAAAGCUGAGGCACUGCUCCAGGCUGGCCACUACGAUGCCGACGCCAUCCGAGAAUGUGCUGAGAAGGUGGCCCUCCACUGGCAGCAGCUCAUGCUGAAGAUGGAAGACCGGCUAAAACUGGUCAAUGCCUCUGUGGCCUUUUACAAAACUUCUGAACAGGUGUGCAGUGUCCUGGAGAGUUUAGAACAAGAAUACCGGAGAGAUGAGGACUGGUGUGGUGGACGAGAUAAACUGGGGCCAGCAGCAGAGAUUGACCACGUCAUCCCACUCAUCAGCAAACAUUUGGAACAAAAGGAGGCCUUUCUUAAGGCCUGCACCCUGGCACGGCGGAAUGCUGAGGUGUUUCUCAAGUACAUCCACAGGAACAACGUCAGCAUGCCCAGUGUCGCCAGCCACACCCGGGGACCUGAGCAGCAAGUGAAAGCCAUCUUGAGUGAGCUCUUACAGAGGGAGAACCGUGUCCUGCACUUCUGGACCUUGAAGAAGCGGCGGUUAGACCAGUGCCAGCAAUAUGUGGUGUUUGAGCGCAGUGCCAAGCAGGCACUGGACUGGAUUCAAGAAACAGGUGAAUAUUACCUCUCAACACAUACCUCCACUGGAGAGACCACAGAGGAGACUCAGGAACUGCUCAAAGAAUAUGGGGAAUUCAGGGUACCUGCCAAGCAAACCAAGGAGAAGGUGAAGCUUCUGGUUCAGCUGGCAGAUAGCUUUGUGGAGAAAGGCCACAUCCAUGCCACAGAGAUAAGGAAGUGGGUGACCACGGUGGACAAGCAUUACAGAGACUUCUCCUUGAGGAUGGGGAAAUACCGACACUCCCUAGAGAAAGCCCUAGGAGUCAACACGGAGGAUAACAAGGACCUGGAGCUGGACAUCAUCCCAGCAAGCCUUUCUGAUCGUGAGGUCAAGCUACGGGACGCCAACCACGAAAUCAAUGAAGAGAAGCGGAAGUCAGCCCGGAAGAAAGAGUUCAUCAUGGCUGAACUACUACAAACAGAGAAGGCUUACGUGAGGGACUUGCACGAGUGCCUGGAGACCUACCUGUGGGAAAUGACCAGUGGUGUGGAGGAGAUCCCCCCUGGGAUCCUCAAUAAAGAGCACAUCAUCUUUGGAAACAUCCAGGAGAUCUACGAUUUUCAUAACAACAUCUUCCUCAAAGAGCUGGAGAAGUACGAGCAGCUGCCUGAGGAUGUGGGACACUGCUUCGUUACCUGGGCAGAUAAAUUUCAGAUGUAUGUCACCUACUGUAAAAACAAGCCUGAUUCCAACCAGCUGAUCCUGGAGCACGCAGGCACCUUCUUUGAUGAGAUACAGCAGCGGCAUGGUCUGGCCAACUCCAUCUCUUCCUACCUAAUUAAGCCUGUCCAGAGGAUCACCAAAUACCAACUACUCCUAAAGGAACUUUUAACUUGCUGUGAAGAAGGGAAAGGGGAGCUCAAAGAAGGCCUGGAGGUGAUGCUCAGUGUCCCAAAGAAAGCCAAUGAUGCCAUGCAUGUCAGCAUGCUGGAAGGGUUCGACGAGAACUUGGACGUGCAGGGCGAGUUGAUUCUCCAGGAUGCCUUUCAAGUGUGGGACCCGAAGUCGCUGAUCCGGAAGGGCCGGGAGCGGCACUUGUUCCUCUUUGAGAUCUCCUUGGUUUUUAGCAAGGAGAUCAAAGACUCUUCAGGACACACGAAAUAUGUUUACAAGAACAAGCUACUGACCUCAGAGCUGGGUGUGACCGAGCACGUAGAGGGCGACCCCUGCAAAUUUGCCUUGUGGUCUGGGCGCACCCCAUCCUCAGACAAUAAAACAGUGCUAAAAGCCUCCAACAUCGAAACCAAGCAGGAGUGGAUCAAGAACAUUCGAGAGGUGAUUCAAGAGAGGAUCAUUCACCUGAAAGGAGCUUUAAAAGAGCCAAUUCAGCUCCCCAAAACACCAGCCAAACAGAGGAACAAUAGUAAGAGGGAUGGAGUGGAGGAUAUUGACAGCCAGGGGGAUGGCAGCAGCCAGCCCGACACCAUCUCCAUUGCCUCUAGGACGUCUCAGAACACAGUGGACAGUGACAAGCUCUCGGGCGGGUGCGAGUUGACCGUGGUCCUUCAGGACUUCAGCGCCGGCCACAGCAGCGAGCUGAGCAUCCAGGUGGGGCAGACGGUGGAGCUGCUGGAGCGGCCCAGCGAGCGGCCCGGCUGGUGUCUGGUCCGCACCACGGAGCGGAGCCCCCCGCAGGAGGGCCUGGUCCCCAGCAGCGUCCUGUGCGUCUCCCACUCGCGCAGCAGCGUGGAGAUGGACUGCUUCUUCCCCUUGGUGAAAGAUGCAUACUCUCAUUCCUCCAGUGAAAACGGAGGCAAGUCUGAGUCCGUGGCCAACCUGCAGGCUCAGCCCUCCCUGAACUCCAUCCACAGCUCCCCCGGUCCCAAGCGUUCCACCAACACCCUGAAGAAGUGGCUGACCAGUCCUGUGCGCCGGCUCAACAGCGGGAAGGCAGAUGGCAACAUCAAGAAGCAGAAGAAAGUGCGGGAUGGUCGGAAGAGCUUCGACCUGGGGUCUCCGAAGCCUGGGGAGGAGACGACCCCACAGGGAGACAGCGCCGAUGAGAAGAGCAAGAAAGGUUGGGGAGAAGAUGAGCCAGAUGAAGAGUCCCACACCCCCCUCCCUCCGCCUAUGAAGAUCUUUGACAACGACCCCACGCAGGAUGAGAUGAGUCUAGAAGGAGGCUCAUACCGGGGGGCCUUGAAAGACCCUGCAGGCUGCCUGAAUGAGGGGAUGACCCCACCCACGCCUCCUAGGAACCUGGAAGAAGAACAGAAAGCCAAGGCCCUGAGAGGCAGGAUGUUUGUCCUGAAUGAGCUGGUGCAGACAGAGAAGGACUAUGUCAAGGACCUGGGAAUCGUGGUGGAGGGCUUCAUGAAGAGAAUAGAAGAAAAGGGUGUCCCCGAGGAUAUGCGAGGGAAGGAUAAAAUCGUGUUUGGGAAUAUUCACCAGAUCUAUGACUGGCAUAAGGAUUUUUUCCUGGCUGAACUGGAAAAAUGUAUCCAAGAGCAGGACAGACUGGCCCAGCUCUUUAUUAAACACGAGCGGAAGCUGCAUAUCUACGUGUGGUACUGCCAGAAUAAGCCACGCUCCGAGUACAUUGUUGCAGAGUACGACGCCUACUUUGAGGAGGUGAAACAGGAGAUCAGUCAAAGGCUGACGCUCAGUGACUUCCUCAUCAAGCCCAUUCAGAGAAUAACAAAAUACCAGUUGCUGCUGAAGGACUUCCUGAGAUACAGCGAGAAGGCUGGCUUGGAGUGUUCUGAUAUCGAGAAAGCAGUGGAGUUAAUGUGCCUUGUUCCCAAACGCUGCAAUGACAUGAUGAAUCUGGGACGCCUGCAAGGCUUCGAGGGCACCCUGACCGCGCAGGGGAAGCUGCUGCAACAGGACACCUUCUACGUGAUCGAGCUGGAUGCAGGCAUGCAGUCCCGGACCAAGGAGAGACGUGUGUUCCUCUUUGAACAGAUCGUCAUCUUCAGUGAACUGCUCAGGAAGGGCUCCCUGACCCCAGGCUACAUGUUCAAAAGGAGCAUCAAGAUGAAUUACUUGGUCCUGGAGGAGAAUGUGGACAAUGACCCCUGCAAGUUUGCACUCAUAAACAGGGAGACUUCCGAGAGGGUCAUUCUGCAGGCCGCCAACGCAGACAUCCAGCAGGCCUGGGUGCAGGACAUCAACCAAGUCCUAGAAACACAGCGAGACUUCUUAAAUGCGCUCCAGUCGCCCAUUGAGUAUCAGCGGAAGGAGAGGAGCACAGCUGUGAUGAGGUCCCAGCCUGCGAGGGUGCCCCAAGCCAGCCCCAGGCCCUACUCCUCUGUCCCUGUGGGCUCUGAGAAGCCCCCAAAGGGCUCCAGCUAUAACCCACCUCUGCCACCCCUGAAGAUAUCUACCUCCAAUGGCAGUCCAGGGUUCGACUACCACCAGCCUGGGGACAAGUUCGAGGGCAGCAAGCAGACUGACGUGGGAGGCUGCAACGGGAGCUCAUCCAUGGCUGUGAUCAAAGAUUACUAUGCACUGAAGGAGAAUGAAAUUUGUGUGAGCCAAGGUGAGGUGGUCCAGGUCCUCACCGUCAACCAGCAGAACAUGUGCCUGGUGUACCAGCCCGCCAGCGACCAAUCCCCUGCGGCCGAGGGCUGGGUCCCGGGCAGCAUCCUGGCGCCCCUCACCAAAGCCUCAGCAGCCGCAGCAGAAAAUAGUGACGGGAGCAUCAAGAAGUCAUGUUCAUGGCAUACUCUACGCAUGAGAAAGCGGGCAGAAGUGGAGAACACGGGUAAAAAUGAAGCCACAGGGCCUCGUAAACCCAAGGAUAUCCUGGGCAGCAAAGUCUCUGUUAAAGAGACGAACAGUUCCGAGGAGUCUGAGUGUGAUGAUCUUGACCCUAAUACUAGCAUGGAGAUCUUAAAUCCAAAUUUCAUCCAAGAAGUGGCCCCAGAAUUCCUUGUGCCCUUAGUGGACGUGACCUGCUUGCUUGGGGACACAGUGCUACUGCAGUGCAAAGUCUGCGGGCGGCCGAAGCCCACCGUCACCUGGAAGGGGCCCGACCAGAACAUCCUCGACACGGACAGCAGCUCAGCCACAUACACCAUCUCCUCCUGUGACUCUGGGGAGAUCACCCUGAAGAUCUGCAACCUCAUGCCCCAGGACAGCGGGAUUUAUACCUGCAUAGCCACCAACGACCACGGGACCGCGUCCACGUCGGCCACAGUUAAGGUGCAAGGUGUCCCCGCAGCCCCCAACCGGCCCAUUGCCCAGGAGAGGAGCUGCACCUCGGUGAUCCUCCGCUGGCUGCCUCCAUCCAGCACGGGAAACUGCACUAUUUCCGGUUACACCGUGGAGUACAGAGAGGAAGGGUCCCAGGUCUGGCAGCAGUCGGUCGCUUCGACGCUGGACACAUACCUCGUCAUCGAAGACCUUAGUCCUGGCUGUCCUUACCAGUUCCGAGUCAGCGCCAGUAACCCCUGGGGAAUCAGCCUCCCCAGCGAGCCCUCGGAGUUCGUGCGGCUUCCAGAAUACGAUGCGGCUGCUGACGGUGCUACCAUUUCUUGGAAGGAAAAUUUUGAUGCCGCGUAUACCGAGCUGAAUGAAAUCGGCAGAGGCCGUUUCUCCAUCGUGAAGAAGUGCAUCCACAAAGCCACGCGCAAAGAUGUUGCUGUGAAGUUCGUGAGCAAGAAGCUGAAGAAGAAAGAGCAGGCGGCCCACGAGGCGGCCCUGCUACAGCACCUGCAGCACCCCCAGUACAUCACUCUCCACGACACCUACGAGUCCCCCACCUCCUACAUCCUCAUCCUGGAACUGAUGGAUGACGGCCGGCUCUUAGACUACCUUAUGAACCACGACGAGCUGAUGGAGGAAAAAGUCGCCUUCUACAUCCGGGACAUCAUGGAGGCCCUGCAGUACCUUCACAACUGCAGGGUGGCCCACCUGGACAUAAAGCCGGAAAACCUGCUCAUUGACCUACGGAUUCCAGUGCCUCGAGUCAAGCUCAUUGACCUGGAGGACGCUGUCCAGAUCUCGGGUCACUUCCACAUCCACCACCUGCUGGGGAACCCUGAGUUUGCUGCCCCAGAAGUGAUCCAGGGCAUCCCCGUCUCCCUGGGCACGGACAUCUGGAGCAUCGGGGUUCUGACGUACGUCAUGCUGAGCGGGGUCUCCCCCUUCUUGGACGAGAGCAAAGAGGAGACCUGCAUCAACGUGUGCAGGGUGGACUUCAGCUUCCCCCAGGAGUACUUCUGCGGCGUGAGCAGCGCCGCCCGGGACUUCAUCAAAGUGAUCUUGCAGGAAGACUUCCGGAGGCGGCCCACGGCCGCCACCUGCCUGCAGCACCCGUGGCUGCAGCCCCACAACGGCAGCUACUCCAAGAUCCCCCUGGACACCUCCCGCCUGGCAUGCUUCAUAGAACGUCGCAAGCACCAGCAUGACGUGCGGCCCGUCCCCGACGUCAAGAGCUACAUCAUCAGCCGGGCGAGCCAGGGCACGUAG